CGAGAACAUGGCGGCCGCGGCCGGGCUGGUAACGGAGAAAGUUUGCAACGAGACUGGUCUGUGCUAGUGGGGCCGGCCUCGGGCCCUCGAGGGCUCGAGCCCCCUGGCGUGCCACCUCCUCGCUCCGAGUAGCAGGCUCAGCCCCAAAGGCCUUCCUUUUACUGUGUUGUUCCCAGAGCCGACUCCGAGGGUUGAGAGAGCUUUGGUGGUGACGGCCGAGUCAGAUCGCUAUAAACAAAAAUUCCACCAGACAAAAUGUUGAAAUAGAAGUUACAGAUACAUUGGAUUUGCUGGAUGAAACACAAGUGGUUAAUUUUUGUCAAGUGGGAAGAAAGCCCAAAUUGCCAGAGUACAUGUGUAAAUCACUGCGUUAUUGCUUUAGUCAUUGUCUCUACUUAGCAAUGACGAGACUGGAAGAAGUAAACAGAGAAGUGAACAUGCAUUCUUCAGUGCGUUAUCUUGGCUAUUUAGCCAGGUUCAAUUUACUGGUUGCUAUAUGCUUAGGUCUUUAUGUAAGAUGGGAAAAAACAGCAAAUUCCUUAAUUUUGGUAAUUUUUAUUCUUGGUCUUUUUGUUCUUGGAAUUGCCAGCAUACUCUAUUAUUAUUUUUCAAUGGAAGCGGCAAGUUUAAGUCUCUCCAAUCUUUGGUUUGGAUUCUUGCUUGGCCUCCUAUGUUUUCUUGAUAAUUCCUCCUUUAAAAGUGAUGUGAAAGAGGAAUCAACCAAAUAUUUGCUUCUAACUUCCAUAGUGUUAAGGAUAUUAUGCGCUUUGGUGGAGAGAAUUUCUGGUUACGUCUGUCAUCGACCCACUUUAUUAACCACAGUUGAAUUUCUGGAACUUGUUGGAUUUGCCAUUGCCAGCACAACUAUGUUGGUGGAGAAGUCUCUGAGUGUCAUUUUACUUGUUGUAGCUUUGGCCAUGCUGAUUAUUGACUUGAGAAUGAAGUCUUUCCUAGCUAUUCUAAACUUAGUUAUUUUUGCAGUCUUGUUAUUUUUCUCCUCAUUGGAAACUCCAAAAAAUCCAGUUGCUUUUGCAUGUUUUUUUAUUUGCCUGAUAACUGAUCCUUUCCUUGACAUUUAUUUUAGUGGACUUUCAGUGACUGAAAGGUGGAAACCCUUUUUGUACCGUGGAAGAAUUUGCAGAAGAUUUUCAGUUGUUUUCACUGGAAUGAUAGAGCUUACAUUUUUUAUUCUUUCAGCAUUUAAACUUAGAGAUACUCAUCUCUGGUAUUUUGUAAUACCAGGCUUUUCCAUUUUUGGAAUUUUCUGGAUGAUUUGCCAUAUUAUUUUUCUUUUAACUCUUUGGGGAUUCCAUACCAAAUUAAACGACUGCCAUAAAGUAUAUUUUACACACAGGGUAGAUAACAAUAGCCUUGAUAGAAUCAUGGCAUCCAAAGGAAUGCGUCAUUUUUGCUUAAUUUCAGAACAGUUAGUUUUUUUUAGUCUUCUUGCAACAGCAAUUUUGGGAGCAGUAUCCUGGCAGCCAACAAAUGGAAUCUUCUUGAGCAUGUUUCUCAUUGUUUUGCCAUUGGAAUCUAUGGCUCAUGGGCUCUUCCAUGAAUUGGGUAAUUGUUUAGGAGGAACAUCUGUUGGAUAUGCUAUUGUGAUUCCCACCAACUUUUGCAGUCCUGAUGGUCAGCCGACACUUCUUCCGCCAGAACAUGUACAAGAGUUAAAUUUGAGGUCUACGGGCAUGCUCAAUGCUAUCCAAAGAUUUUUUGCAUAUCAUAUGAUUGAGACCUAUGGAUGUGACUACUCCACAAGUGGACUGUCUUUUGAUACUCUACAUUCCAAACUGAAAGCUUUCCUUGAACUUCGGACUGUGGACGGACCUAGACAUGAUACAUAUGUUUUGUAUUACAGUGGGCACACGCAUGGUACAGGAGAGUGGGCUCUUGCAGGUGGAGACAUACUACGCCUUGACACACUUCUAGAGUGGUGGAGAGAAAAGAAUGGUUCCUUCUGUUCCCGACUUAUUAUUGUAUUAGAUAGUGAGAAUUCAACCCCUUGGGUGAAAGAAGUGAGAAAAAUCAGUGACCAGUAUAUUGCAGUACAAGGAGCAGAAAUGACAAAGACAGUAGACAUCGAAGAAGCUGACCCACCUCAGCUGGGGGACUUUACGAAAGACUGGGUAGAAUAUAACUGCAACUCCACUAAUAACAUCUGCUGGACUGAAAAGGGACGCACCGUCAAAGCAGUAUAUGGUGUGUCAAAACGGUGGAGUGAUUACACUCUGCACUUGCCAACGGGAAGCGACGUGGCCAAGCACUGGAUGUUACACUUUCCUCGUAUUACAUAUCCACUAGUGCAUUUGGCAAAUUGGUUGUGUGGUCUGAACCUUUUUUGGAUCUGCAAAACUUGUUUUAGGUGCUUGAAAAGAUUAAAAAUGAGUUGGUUUCUUCCUACUGUGCUGGACACAGGACAAGGCUUCAAACUUGUCAAAUCUUAAUUUGGAACCCAAAGUGGAAUAUUAUUGAGAGUUCAUACUACUAGUUAUCACUAACUUGCCAUUUUUUGUAUAUUUUUAUUUGUGAAAAGUUAUCUUGCUACUUCUGUAGCUGCUCUCACUUUGUCUUUUUUCAAGUAAUUAUGGUAUAUGUAAGGUGUUGGGAAUGAGCAUUAUUUUAUACUAAAAGUAUGUAGGGAGUCAUAAAUUCUGACUCUGUAAAUGCAUAAGAGAUGUUAAAAAUAACAAUGCACUUUGAGGAAUGUUUGCAUAUGCCUCUGAUUAGGAAGAAAACAUUUGUCUAUGCUCUGCAGUGGCCAAUGAAGAAUUACUAAUGCCUUAUUUUCUAGGCAUAGAUUAGAGAAUGUAGACCAGACAAUUUGUUUACUAUUACAAGAAGACUACCAGUUUGCUUACAGGAGAUUAUUUUUUGUGAACAGUAGGUUUGAGUCCAAGACCAUUUGAAGAAUUACAAACUCUUUCUUAAAAAAAGGAAGAAGUCUGCUUGAAAUGAAUGCAAAAUUUCCUUUUAGUCCAUCACAUUCAAAUGUCUUGGUUGUGACCUGUUACCAGUAUAGGAGAGAAGCCCAAAUCACUGUUUAGAUCAAAACAUUCUUCAUGUAGGUAACUAUAAGAGGCUAGUGCCUACAAAUUACUUCUUCAUGCAUUGUUGGGAGUCUCUGAAAGCACUGGCAAUUUUAAGAGUCUUUCUCAGGGUAACUUAAUGUUUUCUUAAUGAACAAUGUUUUCAGCUAAAAAGUCCUUCCAAGUAUAUUAUCUGCCCUUUCAAAAAGUAAUCUUAUAAAAGAACUUUAGCACUUUCUCAAUUGAUUUAGGCUAUUUUCAGUAUUCAGAAAUGAUUUUGAUCUCUGUAGAAUUAAUUGUCUGCUUGAAAAUUAUUUUUCAAAUCCCUUUUAGUGGCAACAUUUUUUUCUAUUGAAGGUCAAAGGAUUGGAAACUGGUUCUUGUAUCCAUGUAACGUGUUAUGUGAAAAAGUAUUCAUGUUGGCAAUUUUAGUUAAGCAUUAUGGUGUGGGUGUAAUUUUUAAAACUUAAUUCAGUGUCUCGUCUGAUUAAAGCAGGCACUGAUCAGUGUAUCUCCUAAGAGGUAGUUUACCUCCUAUUCCCUUCCAAUAAUCCUUACAUUCUAAAUUUUCAUCUGUGAGAAAUAACAAGAGGGAAUAGAUUUAAAUUGAGGGAUAAUCUAAUCUUUGUUGUUUAAAUGGUGUGACUUCUCACAUUGAAGCCAUUUUUCCGGCCUCAGAGAGGACGUAAUGCCUCUACCAUUUUCUACCUGGUGACUUGAAAAUUGAAGUUUUAGUUAGGAAGAAGUCACUUAGCGUCAGGGAACUUGUAUACCACUAUCUAUGCAGCGUUGUUAUAGUCUGAUUAUUUCUGUGUUUUGAAUAUGAUUUUCCUAAUGCUUUGAAUAAAAUUUUGUUAAAAAUUCAUUUCUCACAUAAUGUGCAAAUAACACUUAUUGAAUACUUUAGUAUAUUAAAAGUGAUAGUCACAAGAAAAUUCCCAUGUAUUAGAGUUUACGGUUGGUAGCAGGUUGAUUUGAAAAUUUCCAAUAUUUGGUUACAUAUUUAUAUCAAGAUCAUCCAAAUGAAAUUGUAUAGUGUUUCAUUACUAUUUAGAAAUAGUAUAGCAGAAAAGCUAAGUGUUAAAAGUAUGAGCUUAGAGCUGCAAGAAACAGUUGAAUUAAUUUUAAGUAAAAUCUCUUUUUAAAUUUCUAAGCCAAUAUCGAGCAUAUCUCUUUGCUCUGAAAAAGCCAAACAUAAAAGUAUAUUCUGCAUCCUUUAUAAAGUGAUAUUAUUAUGAUGGUACUGAAAGUCACAUUCAAAAGAUAGCAGACAGUUGUACAGCCACAAAGCUAAUGUUUUAAUACAUAUUUUCUGUGAAAGUACAACCAAACAAGAUCUGGGCUAAAAACGUGACUUGAGCCAAUUUAUUAACCAAAAAGUAUAAAAUGUCCACUUUUGGUGAAUUCUCCUACCCAAACAAACAAAAAACUAUAAAUGAUUGUUAGAUGGCAUCCUAAAUUAAAGUUACCAAUUUUAAAACAUUAAAGUAACUGAUAGUAUGGAGAAGGAGUAUUAUAAGAAGGAUAAAAUGAUUGGUUACUUUUACCUAAAGAUUAAAAACAGAUCUAACAAUCAGACUGAUUUUCUUAUGGCUUUCAUUUUAUAUAUCAAUGUUUAGGAAGGAGUUACUCGGAGUGAUAGGAAUUAUUUUAGGGCAAAACUUUAUCAUUCUACUAGAAAGAAAUAGAUAACAUGGAGAUAUUUUUCAACAUAUUAUUGACCGACUUUGUUUCCUUAUAUGAUACCUUGCUAAAACCACAAAAGCACUAUCCCCAUAAACAUCUUUUUAAAAAGUGUACACUGUUAUGUGAUAAAUUGAGGAACCAAGUUGUUUCUCUUCCCAUAACUUUUCAGUUAUGCUAUUAUUUCAUUCAAAAAUUGUUUUAGUUUACUCUGAUUAAACUCUUUCUCCCUAGGAUACUUGGAUUUAUCUUUGCAUAGCUUUCUAUCUUGUUCUUCUUAAUAAAUACAGAGUUCUACAGAAAA